GCCUAGUCAGUCGUGAACUGAGGUGGGCCGGUCUGAGGCUUGAAACUCCAGAGCUGAAAAGGUGUCCCACUCCGGCCCUGUUGGGGUUGGAUUGUGGCUGUGGCGUUUUUCCUGGUGGAGGUGUUCACUUAUGGGGUUAUCAAAAGUUUUGGAAUCUUCCUUAAGGACCUAAUGAGUGACUUUAAUGAAACAAACAGCCGAGUAUCAUGGAUCAUUUCAAUAUGUGUCUUUGUUAUGACUUUCACAGGUGAGAACUUCAACUUUUACAUUAAAUCAUUUAGCCAAUGUUUUUAUCUCUAGCUAUUCCGAAAUUGAAAAGGCAAAACAAUAGAAGCAAUUAGACCAAAUUAACAAAAAUAUGUACCUUUAGGUAGUAUGCCAAGUGCCAGUUAUUCUAACGGUUUAAAGAAAAUUAUUUAAAUAAAUAAUUUAAGAUGUCUUGACAUAGUCGAGUCACUUCUUGAAAGGCUAAAGACUGUUCAGGCUGAGUUAGCAUGGGAAAGCUUUUUUAAACACAAAAAAAUAACAGCUUCAUGUUGUCUUUUUUAUUUCUAUGGCCCUUCAGCUCCUCUAUCAACCGUGCUGAGUAAUCGAUUUGGCUUCCAGCCUGUUGUGAUGUUUGGAGGGUUUCUCAUAUCUCUGGGCACAAUCUCAACAGCAUUCACCAGCUCUAUCAAUCAGAUGUACCUUACUAUUGGGAUUGUGACUGAUGUCCUUUAAUCUCCGUAGGACUGGGUUAUUGUUUGACAUUUCUACCAACCGUCACAAUCUUGUCCCAGUACUUCAGCAGGCGUCGUUCUGUGGUCACAGCCAUGGCAUCCACUGGAGAGUCAUUUGCUAUAUUUGCUUUUGCUCCAGCAUUCACAGCUCUUAAGAACUACAUCGGCUGGAGGUACACAUUUGUGGUGAUUGGGACGUUACAGGGCAUCACUAUCAUCUGUGGAGCUUUACUUCAUCCCAUAGUUAUCAAACCAACAUCUCAGACAGAAACUGAGCAGAAGAUCACCUAUACCCUCCCUGGAGAACAAGUGCAAGGUUUUGGGAGCUCUGGAGAUUCAGUUGUACAGUCGCUUGAGCAAGAACAGGGCCUCAAAUCUGGGAUUGAACUGGAAGAAGUGGAACCAGUACAGGUUAAUCCAAAACAACAGGACAAUACAAGUAAAAAUAGGCUCUUGGAUUUGACAGUGCUAAAAGAAGGCGGUUUUUUGUGUUAUUCAGCCUUUGGGCUCUUUGCAACAUUGGGCUUUUUUGCGCCACAGCUGUAUGUGGUGGAGCUGAGUGCCAGUUUGGGAACUGAGAGGGACAAGGCUGCCUAUAUGCUGUCAACAAUGGCCAUCUCAGAGAUCUUUGGACGUCUUUCUAUCGGAUGGGUCAUGAAUUGUGGAUGCAUCAGGAAGAUCUUUGUUCUUCUCAUAUGUGUGUCACUGAUGUGUCUGGUGCUGGUGUUGUUCACCAUAGUAAAUGGCUUCUGGGGACUGGUGGUGUGCUGUGUGCUUUAUGGCUUCUUACUCGGAAAUAUCGCUUCCACACACAUCCCAAUGCUGGCAGAGGAUGACGUUGUAGGAAUCCAGAGGAUGCCCUUAGCUGUUGGUGUCUACGUCUGCAUUCAGAGCUUUGCAGGACUGGCUGGUCCACCAUUAGGAGGCGUCCUUGUGGAUAUUACACAAAACUACAGUGCUGCAUUCUACUCCUGCGCUGCAGGAAUGGGAUUAGGUGCCAUUUUCCUUGGGCUUGUACGUCCAGCCAAGACAGGUCAUCUUUGCAGAAGGAGGAAAAAUGGAGAGAAUAACUCUGCGGUGGAGCAAGUGUCUAAAUCAAGCCAGAGGAAUUGCUAGAACAGGGUAACCAAGAAGUUUAGUCUUAAAAACACAGAACAUUAGGAACUAUCAAACCUGUUGAUAUAAUAGGAACACAUUCAAACUGAAUGUACUGGAACUUUGGCUACGUUAUAAUUCAUGAGAAUUGGGUAAAAGGUUUUUCACCCAAAAUGAAAAUUCUGUCAUGAAUGACGUAGAAGAACCAAUAUUGUUCUAUUUUUGUUCAUCUACGGGUGGUCUUCAUUUACCUACAUUUAUUGUGGUUUAAGUGUGUUUUGAUUAAUGUUUAAAUGCAAAGAAAAGUUUUAUUAAAUUAUUGUAGUUUUUAUUCCAAAAAUAAACCAAAAUUUGACACGACAGUGUACAUAAUGACAGAAAUGCCAUAUUUGGGUUAACCAUUCUUCCAUUUUCAUUUAUUCAUUGUCUUGUCGGUUUAGUCCCUUUAUUAAUUUGGGGUCGCCACAGCGGAAUGAAUCGCCAACUUAUCCAUCAAGUUUUUACGCAGCGGAUACCUUUCCAGCUGCAACCCAUCUCUGGGAAACAUCCACACACACAUUCACACACACACUUAUACACUACGGACAAUUUAGCCUACCCAAUUCACCUGUACCGCAUGUCUUUGGACUGUGGGGAAAACAGGAGCACCCAAAGGAAACCCACGCGAACGCAGGGAAAACAUGCAAACUCCACACAGAAACGCCAACUGAGCCGAGCCUCGAACCAGCGACCCAGCCACCUUCUUGCUGUGAGGCGACAACACUACCUACUGCGCCACUGCUUCCCCCUCUUCUAUUUUUGCAUGUGAAUUUGUUGCUCAUACACUGAUUUCAUAAAUAUGACUAUUAUACAAUGACAUACAAACCCCAUUUGGAAUGACUCUAAACACUGCUUCUCUGUUCUAGAAACAGAAGAAAUGACCUUCAACAGCAAACCCCAUUUUCGUGGUUUUAGAAAUUAUUGCCAAUAUCUAUGGAUGCUUACAGCCACUUAUAGCUAAAGCAUUGACCAAAGAUGUUUAAACUCAUUGAAAAACAAUCUAAAUUGUAAAGAGAUGUUAUAAUUAUAUAGAGAUGUUAUUAUAUAUUCAUUAUUAUUAUUAUUAUUACUAUUAUUAUUAAUAAUAAAUAGUGAUAAAUAGCUCUUUAUUGACUCUUUAUGAACUAAAUGCUAAACCCAGGUAAACUACAGUAUUUUAAUAAUCCUAGCAGUUUGUUUAGGGUGUUGUUUGGUCUUUUCUACAAUGAUUCUUCAACUGUGGAUGAGAUUUGCAUCUCUGUUAUAUAGAGAGAAUUGUGAAUUCAAAACAUUACAGAGCACAGAUUGAUGGAAUUGUGCAACAAGGAAGAAAGAUGUCCAAAAUAAUGCAAUGGCAAAUUCAAAUGUAAAUGUUUCUUACGAAUGAUGACUUUCAUCAUUCACCUCUCUUAGAAAAACUGUAUUUCUUUGGUAUUUUAAUAUUGGAAAAGAAUUGUAUUUGUUGUAUCUUCAGUGGAAUGUGAUGUGAAUAUGAAAUGAUCUCUUCUGUUUCUGCACAAUAUAAUUUUUUAUAACAAUCUUUGAAUCUGACUGAAGAAUAAAUACACACCUUUUA